AUGGAUGCAUACGGCGAGAAGAGGUAUCCUUGCUACCUGUCCAACAAGAACCUGAAAGAAUCUUUCCUGAAGGCUCUGCAAUCGAAUGACUACGUCGCUGUGGAGAGUAUGCUCAAUGAGGGGAACAUAGACGUGGACACGGUGUUCGAAGUGGAGGAUGACAAACUUAUUUUGGCUUCAUACAAAGCAGGUUACUGGCUGCCCAGUUUUAAACUGGCAUUGUCAUGGGCGACAGGUCUGCACAUCACGGUGAUGCGGGGGCACUUGGAGAGUCUGUUGGUUUUGCUAGAACACAAUGCCUCUGUUAACAGUAAACCGAACGGGAAAACACCAUUGCACGUGGCCUGUGAAGUAGCGAACCUAGAAUGUGUGAAGAUCCUGGUCAGCCACGGAGCAAAACUGAAUUCCUUCUCUAUGAGCGGGCACGCUCCUCUACAUUACUGCAAGACCAGGGAGUCGGUGAGGUGCGCCAAAGAGCUGGUGUGGGCUGGAGCCAAUGUUAAUUUGGAAAGUAACAACCACACUGAAGAAACUCCACUGCAUACCGUGGCCCGAGUCGGGAUUCCUGAGCUGGUGGCUUUCUACGUCAACCACGGUGCCAUGGUGGACAGUCCCAACUCCAACCUAGAGACCCCUCUGGCCACGGCCGCCUACUGGGCCCUGAAUAUUAAAGAGCAGAAGUACAGCGACAAGCAUCACUUGAUCUGCAGGAUGCUGCUGGACUAUGAUGCUGAUGUCAAAAUCAGAGAUCUCGAUUUAAAAACGCCCCUACACAAAGCGGCAUGGAACUGCGACCACGUAUUAAUGCUGAUGUUUCUGGAGGCCGGAGCAGAGGCCAAUGCUAUGGACUGCAAUGGAUGUGCCUCCCAGCAGUAUGUGCUAAAAGUGACGUGUGUGAGGGCAGUGGGCCAGCCGGAGAUCUGCUACCAGCUUCUGCUGAAUCACGGGGCAGCCAGGAUAUACCCACCACAGUUCCAUAAGGUCUUGGAAGGAUGUUACUCGUACCCAAGAGCGGUAGAAGUGAUGGCCAAUGCCUAUGAACACAUCACAGCGACAAACCAAUGGCUAAAAGCAAUUCCCGAAGAUGCCCUAGAGAAACAUCGCUCCUUCUAUGACGCUCUCUUCGCAGUCUGCACUAACACCCCACGAUCCCUCAUGCACCUGGCCAGAUGUGCGAUACGCAUGUUUCUACGGAAGAGAAACCACCAAGUCAUCCCGCAACUUUUCCUGCCGCCCACCCUCAAGAAAUACAUUCUGCUUGAGCCGCAAGGACGUUUUUAUUAA